AUGAGAGCUGCUGAGGCCUCCCAAUUCGCGAAGAAGUUCGACGAUGACGACGGGGCACUCCUAAAGCCUCAGUGGCUCCAGCGCACCAGCGGUACCGGCAUCUCGAACCACCCGGCCAGUUCCGACUUCCCUCCGCUGGCUCCCUUCUACCGCUCCCAUUCCACCGGCUCGCUCACGCCCGCCGACAUUCCCUCUGCCUCCUCGAGGCUUCUGUCGGCGAGCAAGGAAGAAAAUACCUUCAGCAUCAACCGAGAAUGCGAUUUUCCUACUUUGGCCACGGCUGCGGCGGUGGUCGAGCAGCCGGCGCGCAUGCACAAGAGCAAGUCGGCGACGGCCCUGCCGCAGGCCAUCAGCCCGUCGUCCGACCUGCUGAAGGCCCAUCACACCACCCUCGCUGCCUUGGCGGGGCCGGUCGUGUCUUCAGCUCCACCACCAUCGGCCGCUGCCUCGAGCCCGGCCUUGGCCCCCGCGGUCACCGCUGGCCCCGAACCACUUCCACCGACCAAGCAGACCCACAAAAAGAAGCCGAGCUUCUCAGACAAGGUGAGCUUCUCGGAAAUCGCGGCGACCGAAAAGGCCGCGUCCAACAAGGACAAGUUCCAGCAGACCAUGGCCAACAGCCGCGCCGAGCUGCAGCGCUUCAAGUCACUCGUGCCGUCGAAGCCCGUCCACCCGUCGCUCGCUAACCGGCCGAGCAUUCGGCCGUUCCAGCCGAAGGUGCGGCCAAAGAUGCCGAUGCCGACGGCGUCGGCCACGGUCUUGAAGGCACCCGACAGCAGCCUGAUGACGAUGAUACCGCCCACCUCGCCCGCCACCAUGCGCAAGGCCACCUCGGCGCCUGUCCUGCCCAUGUCCACCACCCUCCUCCCCCGCUCGCCGCCCAACCCCUCGCCUCUCUCCACCAUCUGCACCUCGUCGUCCAUCCCCUCCUCUUCUUCAUCUUCUCGCGACUCGGCCCACCACCCGGCCGCCGCCGCCGCCGCCCCGUCGUCGCCACCGCGUCCGGCCCUCCUAUCGUCGUCGCAGUCGGCCCGCACCCUACCACAGGCCUCCAGCGCAUCGUCGAGCGGCGGCGCGUGGGCCGAAACGAGCUUCGCGCCCAGGCAGCACUUUGCCCUCCCGCUCGCGUCGUCCCGCUUUUCGUUUGCCAACGGCGCCUCGUCAUCGGGCGGGUCGACGGUCUCCCCGCGCCGCAGGGACUCGUCGCCGGCCACGUCGACCGUCAAUGGCUCUUCGUCGUCAUCGUCGCCGUGCUCGUCAUCGGCGGCGUCGCCACUCACGUCGCCGCGACGCAGCUCCGUGACGUCGGUCAUGGCCCUCGUCCAACAGGAGUCGGACGCCAUGAUCGGCACCAUGGGCAUCUACUCGUCGUCGGCCCCGCUGUCGCCUCGCAUGGCCACCGUCGGCAGCAACGGCGGCAGCAGCGGCAACGCGCUCUCGUCGUCCGGCGGCGGCAAGACGGGCAAGAAGCCGCUCAGGCACUCGGGCUCGGCAGCGUCAGCGUCGUCGUCGAGCAAGCCGGCGAGCAACGGCGGCACCAGACAGCGCCGGAGGUCGGUCAAAUCGAGCAGCAGCAGCUCGUCCACCGCCGCCGCCACCAAUGGCGGCUCCCGGCGUCAAUCCGCCGACGACGGCGAACCCGCUGCCGCCGACAAUGGCCAGGCGACGGUCCACGGCUUCGGCGUCGCGCUCUACCAGGCCAGCACUUGCGACAACACCGCCAGCAGCAGCGGCAGCAGCAGCGACGAUGACCUGCUGCUGGAGGCCGAGUACGAUCGUGUCAACGACGACGAGCUGAUGAUGAUCGCCACCGGCGUCACCAGCAUCACCGCCACCAGCAUCGCCGGCGUCCACCUCGAGCCCCGCCUGCCCCCCGACGACGACGACGUGGCCGACCAUCACCACCAGUCAUCCCAGUCGUCGCUGCUCGCCGGCAUCAACGGCGACGCCGGCGGCCUCAGCAGCCUCAAGGACGAGUUCUGCCCGUUCAGCUGGGAGAUGCGGGCCGACGGCGAGGAGUGGUCCGAGUUCUCGGAGGAGGCGGUGAGCGGCUUCAUGAAGACGCUGGGCUACGUGGCCCAGGACGACGGCGCGAGGGGGCUCGACGGCGACGACGACGACGGCGAGGGCCUCACGGAGGAGGAGAUCCGGCUCGCCAAGCAGCAGAUCGAGCGGGCCACGCUCCAGCAGCUGCUCGAGAAGAAGAAGCAGGGCCUCAGCGAGUCACUCAAGAACUGGCAGCCGCCCCACAUCCCCGGCAGCGGCAGCGGUAGCCCGGCCGCCACCGCCGCGGCACCGUCAGCAGGAAGUGCUCUUGCUUCAUCAUCACCGUCGUCGUCUUCUUCAUCAUCGCCUUCGUCGUCGUCGUCGACGUCGCCCACGCUGCUGCGUCAUCACCCGCGACCAGCGGCGUCGCUCUCGGCCUCGUCGGCGGGCGGUGGUCGUCGUGGACACCACCAGCCGUUGCGCUCGUCUCAACAGCAGCAGCUGCAGCAGGACCUGCUCGCCCUGGUGGAUUCCGACAGCGACGAGUCCGACUGCGAGGAGGAGGUGCACGGCUUCCACGGCAUCGUCUUCGGCUGA